AUGUCCAAACGGUUUCUCUCAGUUCUCUUGUUUGCCACACUGGCAGUUUCCGCCAACUUUCCCUUCAAAGCCAACUUUGGAACCAGUCCUGCCCCCUUUUCGAUUGAUGUAGAUCCAUCCUUUAUCGAAGAAACGAGAGUUAAGGCCUCUCUAGCCCGAAUUGCUACAGACCUUGUUCAACAUGUUCCUCAGGAUGGCCCUCCUGCCGAGAACAUCACCGCGAUUAAAGAUUAUUGGGCCAACAACUACAACUGGAAUGAGACGCAGAAAAGAUUAAAUGAUCAUUUGCCUCAGUUUACUACUACAAUCGAUGGCGCUGGCAACUACUCGCACCCAAUUCCACUUCACUUUGUCCACCGACAAUCCUCCAGAAAAGACGCCAUUCCGUUGCUGUUUGUACACGGCUACCCAGGAUCUAUAAUAGAGGUAGAACGGGUGAUUGACGGGUUCACAAAUCCUCCCAGCAAUGAAACAGCAUUUCAUGUGGUAGCUCCUAGCCUCCCAGGCUUCGGCUUCUCCCCAGCUCCCGAAUAUCCCGGCCUGGGACUACGAGAGUCUGGUCAGGCAUUUCACAAAUUGAUGCUGCAGUUGGGAUACAACAAGUACAUCGUUCAUGGUGGUGACCUUGGCUCUCACACCGUACGAUACAUGGCCAUCGAUCAACCGGAGAGCGUUCGAGCACUACACACCAACCUGUGGUACCAAGUCCCAAACCAGCAAGACAUGGACAAUUUCAAUGCCAAGAAUUCCACCGCGGAGGAAGCUUUUCUCAUCAAUGUGCUAGCAACAUUUAGGUUGACGUUUCUAGGACAACGACAAGUCUUUGAAAACGAGCCUCUGCAGUGGGCAUACGCUCAAACUGAUAGCCCGGUGGGCUGUGCGGCAUGGAUACUCACCGAGUUGAAAGGUGGCAGUCCGUCUUACGACUGGACGCUAGAUGAAAUUAUCUCAUGGACCAUGCUGUUAUAUAUACAGGGGCCAUUUGGUAGCGCCAGAAUGUACAAGGAGCUUUCGGACAAAACCCAUGGUCUGGCAAGUUUGACUACAUUCACCAGCCAGUGGGCAUCACUCAAUUUGCCGAGCAAGGCUUUAUCACGGUUACCGGAAGAUUGGGCACGCCGCCAGGGAAACAUUGUCUGGUUCAACCACUACUCUUCUGGCGGUCAUUUCGCUUCCUGGGAUUCCCCAACCGAGCUUGUGGCAGAUGCGCGAGAGUUUAUAAAGCCUGGUACCGCUGCAUGGGAUGCAUAUCAGAAAUAA